AUGGAGACUAGUAGGGCCGAGUUCCUGCGCUCCAAAAUUCCCGCAUUCAGAAGACGUCAACCCUGGGACAGCCAAACAGACCUUCUCAUUGACAACAUACUCGAGGAGUUUGAUGAGAGGUGGCCAUUAUGGGAGCAAGUCUUGCCCGGUCUUGAUGUCAAAAGGGAUGUACCCAUCACCAUCUUGCAAGUCGUGCAACUCCGUGAUGCGCUUGAGGAAUGUCAGGUUUGGGGAUUGGUGGUAGGGAUUAAGUGUUUUUUGCUGUGGGAGACACACCGGUUACUGAAGCAAGAGUUGAAACAGAAUGGUGUAAGGCCCAGAGAUUAUUGGACUUACUGGGGGGCGGGACGUGCAUCAGAUUGGGCCUAUGGGGGGUCAGACCGUGAUAUCAAGUACAAGCUCAUCAUUGACUUCUUCCUCAUCAAGCUGGGUAAGCAGCCCAUCAACUUCAUCUUCCUCCUCAUCGACAGUGCCACCUGUAGUCGCCAAGAGCUGAGUGAGGCAGGUUCCGACAAUGCAAGGGCACAGGAGACACCACAGGAGAAUGAUGAUGAGAAGGUGUGGGAGACACUACGGGAGACAUCACAGGAGAAUCCUCAGGUGAUAAUACCUGUAGUUUCUGCCAACGAAGCCAACACAAAGGCACAGGUGGAGAUAGCACAAGAGAUGGCUCUGAGGGAGGCUCUGGAGAUGUCUCAGCCAUUGUUCUGCGAAUCAUAUGCAGGCACCUCUCCAAAGAUGAUUGGUUCACAGGAGGUCAAGAUUUUUCCGGCAGGUGUGGGUAGUGAUGUGCUGAAUGGUGAUGGAAUUGGUUUUGAGGGCAUCAGCGAGUAG